GGGAUCGCAGGACUAUCGGCAUGUAAGAACCUGACCGAGGCUGGGUUCGAUGUCACAGGAUUCGAUGCUUCCGAUGCCAUUGGUGGGCUCUGGCACUAUUCUGAGGGGCAAAGGACUUCUUGUUUAUACAACACUCGUGCAUUGGUCCGCAGACGUAUGGUAGGUGAAUCCGACGUGCCACUCGAACCGGGCGAAAUCCAAGCAUUUCUCGAGUCAUAUGCCCGUCAGUUUGGCCUUGAAUCUCGGCUCCGACUGAGAACAAGAGUGUCAGCCAUUGAUCGAGUUGGCGACAAGUGGCACUUACAACUUACAAAGUCGGAUGGCGAACGCGAAGAGCAAGCAUUUGAUCGAUUGGUACUCUGCACCGGCCUCAACCACUCUCCCAAGCGAGUGCAUUUUGAAGGCAUUGACGACUUCAAGGGGCAAGUAUUCAAUACACAUACCUACAAAAGGCAAGAGACUUCGAUCCUAAGCAUCAACCUUGACGGAAAGCGAGUCUUGAUCGUCGGUCUUGGUGCAACAGCAACAGAUAUUGCAAGAGGUCUCGUGGGAAUAGCAAAAAGCAUCUUCAUAUCACACCGCAAUGGCUGUCUCAUGGUUAGACUCCCCUUCGGCAAAGCCAACGACUUCUGCUUCCCCCCUCUUCGCAUGCAGAAAGAAAGUAUCAAGAAGCCAAUUGUCGAGCAAGCCCAGGCAUUCCACAAAGCCUUUCUCGACAUGCAGGCCGAAGCCUACGACGUGAAGCCAGAAUGGGGCCUGGGAAACCCACCCCCUAUGCCUUACAAGUUGCCUAUCAUAGGUGACGGGUUUUAUGAACAUCUCGUCUCUGGGGCUGUCACGCUAGUCUCUGGUCUCAAGAGAGUCCAUGAAUCGCAUGUGGAGCUAUCAGACGGUAAGGUUCUGGAAGUUGACGUUAUCAUAUUCUCCGUCGGUUAUACCAAGUCAUACUCGUUGGUAGGCCAAUGGGAUCCUUCUCGGAAUAUGCCACAAGCAUGGAAAGAUGCUCCCGGCUCUAUGGGACGACCUCUUCCAAGGCUUUACCAGGGCAUAUUUUCCCUGGACUUCCCAGACUCCCUCGCGUUUUCAGAGCAUGUAGGCUCUACUCUAUCUGCUACGAUAAACGGAGAUAUGGCAUCAAUGGCCCUGGCCCAGGUUUGGGCAGGAAACACAAAGUUACCAUCAGAUGCAGAAAUGGCAAGAAAUGCAGACAAACAAAACCAAAUGGCAAUCUUCCUCGCUGGCAAGGGUGAGAUUUAUGACCCGGCCAUGGUGGAUAGAGCCGAAUGGAAUCUCUGGGUGGACAAAGCAGCAGGGCUGGGAAUUCAAGACCGAAUCGGCAACGGAUGGAAGUCGUGGCGACUUAUGCUGACAGACUACCGACUCUACAAAACACUUCUCGAUGGCACGUUCGUCCCACAGGUUUACCGGCUUUUUGAUGAAGGGAAACGAAAGCCUUGGGCUGGGGCUCGGGAAUCGUUCUUCAAGGCCAAUGGAAUGAGCUAG